GUGUUGGCAAAUCUGCCCUUACAAUUCAGUUUAUACAAUCGCAUUUUGUCGACGAAUACGAUCCUACUAUUGAGGAUUCUUAUCGUAAGCAAUGCGUCAUUGAUGACGAGGUUGCUCUAUUAGACGUAUUAGAUACAGCGGGUCAAGAAGAAUACAGUGCCAUGCGCGGACAAUAUAUGCGUACCGGUGAAGGAUUUCUUUUAGUGUACUCCAUUACAUCUCGCAAUUCAUUUGAUGAGAUUUCCACUUUCCACACACAAAUUCUCAGGGUUAAAGAUAAGGAUUAUUUCCCUAUGAUUGUGGUGGCUAAUAAAUGUGAUUUGGAGAUGGAAAGACAAGUCUCUGGACAUGAGGGACGAGAUCUUGCUAAACAAUUCAAUUGUCGGUUCAUUGAAACAUCUGCAAAGCAACGCAUCAAUGUGGACGAAGCAUUCUAUAACCUUGUUAGAGAAAUCCGAAGAUACAAUAAAGAGCAACAGUUCGGUGGUCGAAAUCCAGCAAAUGGCUUAGGAGGUGGAAAUGAAUUAAAUGAUGGAACUGAUGACG